UGUCGAUUUGGCCAGUUUACGCGAGACCAGCAAUUCGUGCAUUGCUAUACGGAAUUGGUGUUUUUAAAACAUUUUAAAUUUUAAUAAAAUCAUCGGAUCAAUCAAUUUAUCGUAAAUUGUUACAUUGAGUUUGGUCAUUCAACCAGACUGGCCUCACGCACAGAAAAAUAAUUCAUCGACGGCCUAACUAUGUCGCCUAGUCGAGAUCACGGCGAAUGGGUCUGGAUCAAUUCACUCUCAAAAGAUGAAUUUGCGAUACCGAUUGGUGGCCAAGCCGUUCGCACGGAAAAGAACAAAAUCCUUGUGCGGGACGAUGAGGGAAAAGAGUAUUGGAUACCAUCGGAUCAGGUCAUCAAAAAUAUGCACAUCACUUCACAGCGGGGUGUCGAUGAUAUGAUAACAUUGGGGGAUCUACAAGAAUUUGCAAUUUUGAGAAAUCUACAUUUGCGGUACAUGAAGAAGCAGAUUUAUACAUACACCGGCAGCAUGUUGGUAGCCAUUAAUCCAUACGAAAUUCUUCCUAUUUACACCAACAAUGAGAUAACAAAUUAUCGGAAUAGAAAAAUUGGCGACCUGCCACCGCACAUAUUUGCGAUUGGUGAUAGCGCUUUUCAGGAAAUAUUACGCGAAAAUGUUGAUCAAUGCAUCGUUAUCAGCGGUGAAUCCGGUGCGGGUAAAACGGAGAGCACAAAAUUGAUUUUGCAAUAUUUGGCCGCGAUCAGUGGCAAGCAUUCGUGGAUCGAACAGCAGAUAAUCGAUGCCAAUCCAGUCAUGGAAGCGUUCGGUAAUGCCAAGACCAUCCGAAACGAUAACAGUUCCAGAUUUGGAAAGUACAUUGACAUCCACUUCAGCCGGAAGGGAGUCAUACACGGAGCGAAGAUCGACCAGUAUCUGUUGGAGAAGUCGAGAAUCGUUUCGCAGAAUCGCGGUGAACGAAAUUAUCACAUUUUCUAUUCGAUGCUGGCUGGUUUGAGUAAGGAUGAAAAACGACGGUUAGAGCUGGAAGAUGCGUCGAAGUAUAGCUACUUAGUUGGAGGAGGAGUUCUGGCAUGUGAUAAUAGGAAUGAGGUCAUGGAAUUCGCUGAACUGAAAGCAGCCAUGAAAGUGCUAUCGUUCUCGGACAACGAAAUGUGGGAAAUAUUCCGAUUGCUCGGAGCACUCCUACAUUUUGGCAAUCUAAAGUACAAAGGCAUUGUCGUUCAGAACAUCGACGCAACGGAAAUAAAUGAUAGCGCAAAUGCAUCACGUAUUGCCACCCUGCUGGGCGUGCCGAAAAGUUCGCUGUGCGACGCAUUAACACGGAAAACGAUUUUCGCUCACGGCGAACGAGUGGUUUCGUCGAUAUCGAAGGAGCAUGCGUUGGAAGCUAGAGAUGCGUUUGUGAAAGCCAUUUACGGACGGAUAUUCGUUAUGAUCGUGAACAAGAUCAAUGACACAAUUUUCAAAUCCAACGGAAUGAGACACCGAGUGUCGAUUGGAGUGCUGGAUAUCUUUGGAUUUGAGAAUUUUACCAACAAUAGUUUUGAGCAGCUGUGCAUUAAUUACGCCAACGAAAGUCUGCAGCAGUUCUUCGUAAAGCACAUCUUCAAGAUGGAACAAGAAGAAUACACCAAAGAAGGUAUCAACUGGCAGCACAUCACUUUCGUGGACAACCAAGACGUGCUGGACAUGAUUGGCAUCAAAUCUUUGAACAUAAUGGCUCUGAUCGACGAAGAAUCUAAAUUUCCGAAGGGAUCCGAUUCGACCAUGUUGUCUAAGCUGCACUCGACGCAUAGCACCAAAAAUAUUUAUCUAAAACCGAAAUCCGACCAAACGUCCAAUUUCGGCAUUCAGCACUUUGCUGGGGUGGUGUUCUACAAUCCGAAUGGUUUUCUUGAAAAGAACAGAGACUCAGUCAAUACCGACUUGAAAGAACUCGUCGCCACAUCGUCAAACCAAUUUCUACUCAGCCUGUUCGCAAACGACAGUACCGUCGACACUAGCAAAAAAUCGGUCACAUUAUCCGCUCAGUUUCGUACCUCAUUGGAUCUGUUGAUCAAAACGUUGUCAGCGUGUCACCCGUUCUUCAUUCGAUGCAUUAAGCCCAACGAAGAUAAGAAGCCAAAUAAAUUCGACAAGGACCUCUGUGUUCGACAGCUUAGAUACUCAGGAAUGAUGGAGACGGCUCGGAUACGCCGGGCAGGAUAUCCCAUACGACACAAUUAUAAAGACUUUGUCGAACGUUACCGCCAUUUAGGAAUUGGAAUCGGUCCGGCGCACAAGGCCAAUUGCAAAGAUGCGACGAAGAGCAUAUGCAACCAUGUGCUGAAGAACAUGCCCGACUACCAGUUCGGUGAGACUAAAGUAUUUCUGAAGGAUGCUCAUGACAUUUACCUGGAAGAGGAACGAACACGGAUCUACUUGAAAUACGUUCUGAUACUACAGCGCGGCUUCCGACGAGUGAUAUUCAAACGAUGGUUGGAACGACACAGAAACGCUGCAAUUAUGAUACAAAAGAAUUGGCGUGGACGAGGCUAUCGUCGCGAUUUUCUUGUCAUGCGCAAAGGAAUCCAUCGACUCCAGGCCUGCAUUCAAUCGCGUCAGUUGGCCUACAAGUAUUCACAGACGCGCAAGAAUAUGGUUGCCAUACAGGCGCAUUGUCGUGGCUAUUUGACGAGAAAGCGUGUAAAGGGCAGAAUCGCCGAAAAGUCGGCUCGGUUGCAGGAAUUGUUGCUGUUGCGAAAGACGGAGGAAAAACAAUUCAGACAAGCGGGCAAUCCGAAUUGGGCGGACGAUGCAAAGGUUAACUUUAUGGCCCGGUUUGCCGAACUGUCCCACGAAUUUGAUGUGCGCAACCAACCGAAAGCGGAGCCGAUCGAUCACAAUAUUAACAUUGAGGAGAAUAAUCGAGUGAUUGACGAUGUGUUCGAUUUCUUGAAACAUACGUCAACGUCGCCAGAACUGUUGCCGAAACCGAAGAAAUUGAACGGAGAGGAAUUUAUAGGCAUCCCGCAAUCUGAACAUACUCAAGAAGAUUUAUCGGAAUUCAAUUUCCAAAAGUAUGCCGCCACCUACUUUGCUGGAAAUCAGUCAUAUCAAUUCAGUAAGCGGCAGCUGAAAUGUGCCCUAUUGGACUUAUCGUCUACUGCCGAUCAGAUAUCCGCACAGGCAAUUUGGAUUACCAUUCUACGGUUUAUGGGCGAUAUAGCCGAAGCGAAAUACGACGAGGAUGACGAGGACACCAGACGAGUGUCGGUGAUGCAACGACUCAACACGACAAUUGGCAAAGCCAAAUCGAAAGCUCUACAAGAAGAGCUACUGAAUCAGUCUGAUCAUCAGAAAUUGAUUCAAAAAACGUUGAAAAGGAAGUCAAAACUGCCGCAGGAGUUACGCAAAUUGGCCGAGAAUGACCGAGAGGAAAUGGUGUACUAUCAGAAUUGGUUGAGUUCGAGGAGCGGUAAUUUAGAAAAAUUACAUUUCAUAAUCGGGCACGGAAUAUUGAAACCGGCUUUAAGGGACGAGAUUUACUGCCAAAUUUGCAAACAGUUAUCGAACAAUCCUCAUCACACUUCAUACGCGAAGGGAUGGAUUUUACUGUCACUCUGCGUCGGAUGCUUCCCGCCGUCCGAUCGAUUCAAGCAAUACCUACGAGCAUUCCUGAAAAGUGGACCGGAGUUGUUUGCUCCGUAUUGUGAAGAGCGGCUUUUUAGAACUCUCAAGAAUGGCCUGAGAACACAGCCACCAUCCUGGCUUGAAUUGCAAACUACAAGGACGAAAGCUCCAAUUUACCUAAACAUCACAUUCAUGGAUGGGUCUAGCCGGCCGAUUGAAGUCGAUUCAGCAUCGACAGCUCGGGAAGUUGUUUCACAAAUUGCUGCCAAUCUUGGCAUAGUUGACACCUUCGGGUUCUCGAUUUACGUGAAACUUUUCGAUAAGGUAAUGUCCAUUGGAAGCGGCAGGGAGCACAUCAUGGAUGCAAUAUCGAAUUGUGAACAAUAUGCAAAGGAGCAAGGCGGUAACGAACGGAACGCCCCGUGGAAAUUAUUUUUCCGCAAGGAAAUGUUCGCUCCGUGGUACAAUCCAGCUGGUGAUACAGUGGCAACAGAAUUGAUUUACCGACAAGUGGUGCAAGGAAUAAACUAUGGAGAGUACCGUUGCAAAUCGGACAAAGAUAUUGCAGUGUUGGGGGCGUUGAGAUAUUAUGCUGAAUAUGGAGCGGAAAUGAACGAUGAGGUGCUACAGAAGGUGCUGAUGGACUACAUACCGAAGGAUCUAAUUCAGAACAGCGUAACUCUGGAAGACAAAUGGAGGAAACUGAUCAGGGAGGCGUUCCAGCAAAACCAAUAUGUAAAAGAUAGAGCACCACGAAUAGCAGCUAAGGAAGACAUUGUCAUCUUCGCUCAAUUAAAUUGGCCGAUGAUGUUCUCGCGCUUCUUUGAAUCGGUUCAGUCCAGUGGUCCCCAAUUGUCCACGAAAAAUGUUAUCAUCGGUGUGAAUUGGACUGGCAUGUUUUUAAUCAGCGAACAGGAAGAAAUUCUGCUCGAAUUAACGUUCGCUGAGAUCCUCUCCAUAUCGCGUGAAGAAAACGACGAGACCAACAUCGAUGAUCUCAUCAUCAACACCGUGCAAAAAGAGGAUUUCGUAUUCAAGUGCUACGAGGCCGUCGAGGUGGUCGAAUUGAUAAUGCUAAUUAUGGACACCAUCAAGAAAAAUUCGAUUUACGCCGUUGUCGUUCAGGACUACACGCAUCCUGAGAACUCCGAGUCAUAUCUUAAGUUGGCGAAGGGAGAUUUGAUUACGUUCGAAGCGGGAACAAACGGCGAAAUUGUAAUGUCUCCUCAGAGUACAUGGUGUCGUGGUGAAUGCAACGGUAAGGUUGGCGAAUUUCCAACCGACGUGGUGUACGUUCUACCGUCACUGAGUCCUCCGCGUAAGAAAAUUGUAAAACUUUUCAAAGAUGGAGCUGUGCAGCCGCGUAAGCAUGCUGCUCCAAAUUACAAUACACUGCAACGUCAGAAGAUGCACAACUUGAGGCGUUAUGCGAACGAGAACUUCCGCGCUCAUAUCGAAGCCCCACGCCGAUCGUCAACAAUGAUGCCAGCUCGACGAACUACACAAGAGGAACUCUGGCGCCACACAAGGGAACCAAUAAAAGCUCCACUUUUGCAAAAGCUUCAGAGAGUCAAAGAACCGUUCGAACAAGCCGUGGCAAUAUUCAGCCUCAUCCUAAAAUACAUGGGUGAUUUACCGAGUGGAAAGUCCAAAAUCAACACCGACCUGAUAUUCGAACCAGCCCAGAAAAAUGAAAUGCUCCGCGAUGAGGUCUAUUGCCAGAUUAUGAAGCAGCUGACCGAUAAUCGCAUUCAGAUUAGCGAAGAAAGGGGAUGGGAACUAAUGUGGUUGGCAACUGGUGUAAUGUUACCGACUCCUGCCUUACUCAAAGAACUCCUGGAAUUCCUCAAGACCAGACACAAUGACUUGGCCGUUGAAUCACUCAAUCGACUGCAGAAGACAAUCAGAAUUGGCGAGAGACAACAUCCACCGUACAUCAUUGAGGUGGAAGCCAUUAAGUACCGAACCAUGCAGAUUUAUCAUAAGAUCUACUUCCCUGAUGAUACGGACGAGGCUUUCGAAAUUGAAUCGUCUACGAAGGCAAAACAUUUGAUUGAGUCGAUUUCCAAGCGUCUCGAACUGAAAUCGAGCGAGGGAUUCAGCUUGUUCGUUAAGAUUCUCGAUAAGGCGUUCUCAGUCCCGGAAGAGCAAUUCAUUUUCGAUUUCAUUUACGAACUUGUGGACUGGAUGAAAGAAACGAUGCCAAAUCGAACGAGUGACCAACAAAUCCAGUGCAACUACCAAUUGUUCUUCAUGAAGAAACUCUGGAUCAAUACCGUACCCGGCAAGGAUCGGAACGCCGAUUUAAUAUUCUAUUUCCCGCAAGAAGUUCCCAAGUUCCUCAACGGAUACUACAAAGUCUCGAAAACGGAUGCCAUGAAAUUCGGCGCUUUGUUGUAUCGCAUUCAAUUCGGCAAAAAUUCCGUGCCGCUACAGCAGCAAAUUCACACCGUUCUGCCGCAAAUACUGCCGGAAGAUGUGAUCCACAUGGCCAAGCCGGAUGAAUGGAAAAAGUUAAUUUCUAGCGUGUACAACACUCACGUUGACAUGGAUGAGGAUCAAUCGAAAUUAGAAUUUUUGAAAUUGAUCAGCACCUAUCCAACAUUCGGUUCGACGUUCUUUGUGGUGAAGCAGGCGACCGAUAAAAAUUUACCGGAAACGAUAUUGAUUGCAAUCAACAGGAAUGGAUUCAAUGUCAUCGAUCCCGAAAAGAGGGUUACGAUCGAAACGUACGAGUUUUCGAAAUUGAAUUUCUGGAGCUCGGGCAACACUUACUUCCACAUCCGUUUCGGAAACAUGAUGGGAGCCUCGAAACUAUUGUGCGAAACGACACAAGGCUACAAAAUGGAUGACCUGUUGUCGUCCUAUAUUCGAUACAUGAGAUCUCAGAAACAAACUGGCAUUUGAAUUGGGCGCUAAGUGUGUUCGAGAUGACGAUUUUGAAUAAAAUUUAAUAAUAGUUUGUAC